GGUGAGCUCACGUGACUGGGUCGCCCCGAACGCUGCCAGUUUUCAGGACAGACGCAGUUUAAUCACGCUGCGCGACUAAAAUAAAGAUCGAUAUCUAGAUACGAUUUUUUGAUGCUUUUCCCGUCCGCAGGAGCCGAUUUACAGCUGCUGAACGUCCCCGCGCUCUCCCAUCUUCGGCCAAGCGGAUAAACAGCCACCGGAGCAGCAGCAUCACCGCUCGCCGUCGCUUCACUUUCAGCUAACGGUCCACGAAGACAAGUGCAGGAGCAGCAGCUGCGCCACCUGCGCCUGCAGUGGAGAAACAAACCCCCCACUGGGGGCAAUUCUCCAUCUUUUUUUGCCCGUGCAUGGGCUCGACUUCGAAGAUGAAAGUCCUGGAGAGCUUAGCCCCGCUUCUCAUCGCCUGUCUGGGGAUUUUAGGUUGCACUCAGGCAGUCACUCUUGAGGUGAAGGAAGGGAACUCUACCUGCAUCAAAGCCGAGCUGUCUGCAUUACUCUUCAUCACAUACACCACCUUCAACAGCACGAGUAACGUUUCCACCUCGCUGCCUGACUCCACCUCGGUCGACGCAGCAAGUAGCUCGUGUGGAGCAGCAGGCCGCCCGCCGUGGCUGGUGGCGGUGUUUGGAUCGGGUCACGCGCUCGGCCUCAGCUUCGCUACCAACGGGAGUUUUUAUAGCGUCACUAACCUGACGCUCCAGUACAACCUGAGCGAUACUUCGCUGUUCCCUCAGUCUAACGGCUCUGGCGUAGUGACUGUGGUGAGUUCCUCGGUUGGGAUCUGGGCUCCGAUCAACACCACCUACCGCUGUGCGAGCCCCACCACCAUCAGAGCGGGAGGAGCUGCCGUCACCUUCUCUGCUAUGAGGCUGGAGGCGUACAUGCCGGGAAAUGACCUCAGCCCAGCAGAAAGUGUGUGUACGGCAGAUCAAACCACCACCACAGCGCCCCCUACUACAACUACAACAGCAGCUCCAGCACCAACUCCACCAGGAACGCCAGAGACCGGAGUGUUCUCGGUGACGAACAGCAGCGGUACCGUUUGUCUCCUCGCCAAAAUGGGUCUGCAGCUCAACGUCUCCUACGUCUCUCAGUCUCAAAAUAAGACUGUUCAGGAAUUAGUCAACGUGAACCCCAAUCUGACGGUAACAUCAGGAUCAUGUGGAGGCACCACUGCCAGCUUAGUUUUAACACAACAAACCACCACGCUUAAUUUUACCUUCUCCAUGAACUCAACAACUAGCAAGUACCAUCUGAGUGGAAUAAAUCUGUUGGCCAACUGGUCCGACAUGACUGCUCCUUUCUCAGCCAGUAACACCAGUUUGGACUACCUCCGGAGCAUGCUGGGACGCUCCUACAUGUGCAACACGGAGCAGACUCUGCUCGUGGUCCCAGCUUUCUCUCUCAACACAUUCAGACUGCAGGUGCAGCCGUUUGGACUCACAGCCAGCCAGUUUGCAGCAGCGGAGGAAUGCCAGUUGGACCAGGACCAGAUGUUGAUCCCCAUCAUCGUUGGAGCAGCACUGGCUGGUCUGGUGCUGAUCAUCCUCAUCGCGUAUCUAAUAGGCAGGAAGAGGAGCCAUGCUGGGUACCAGACCAUCUGAGCGGACGCUCGGUUUAACUUGAACCUUACAGACUGAGAGCUGGAAGAAAGGAGGGAAAAAAGCGUGGGAGUAAGUGAAGGAAAAGUUUGAGUGAGUGAGAGUUGUUCUCUGCAUGUCCUCUGGAUAUUUUUUUUUCUUUGACUUCUUUUGCGGGUAAUAAAACGUGAACUACUUGCUGACUUUAGACAAUGUUUAUCACGUUGAAGCUGGAGAGGAGCAAGUCCGCUCAACUGUUCAGCUCUGAGCUUAUGUUGACAGGUGGACACAUUGCUUGAAUCGCUUUUUUUUUUUUUUUUUUGUAGCUGUGUGAUUAUCUAUGAUAGAAAAGAGAAUCAACCACUGUAAUAUCUUUUAAAAUCUUAUGCCAGAGAUUCUGUCGAGGAUUUUUUUUCUCCUUUAUGAUCCUUGAUGAAAAGGGAAAUCUCUAAUGAAGCACAGCCAAGGGGAGAUUCUCAGAUUUCUCAGGCUGAUGUAAUGUUUCCCCUCCUUUCUGGAUGUAAAUUGCAUAUUUAUUUAACGAUACAGAAAUUUGAGAACCUUCUCAAAUUUAAAGCAAGAACCAGGGGCUAUAAGUUAAAACAGUAUUAAACACAGGAAGCAAUCCUCUCCAUUUUGACAUUUAAUCUGGUCAAAAUGACAGUUUCUACUAAAAUAAACUACACUUUUAUUUUCCUUCUGGGUUCUUCUCUUUGAUAACUUGCCUCCCAAGAACUCAAGAAUGGGAUUCCAGAAAAAUCUAACCUUAAUGUCCGUUUGGUGAAAUGUUUUGGGUACACAAAUGCUUGUUUGGUGGAUUGAUUUCUUGUUUUUUUAUGACUCAGAUUUAAAUCAGAGUUGUUACAGUAGAAUUAUACAGCAUUUUACUAUAACAACUAAAUUGAUGUAGUACCAAAUGAAUUGGUUUCCAUCUUUUUUUUCUGUCUUAUAAAAAAAAUAAGAAUGCUUAGAUUUUUUUUUUAAAGGAAAAUUCUAUUUUCUAUUAUGCAUUUUCCUGUAACGUAAUAAAAAUAUUUAGAGUC